UUCCAGUCCAACACCGGCACCUCCUGCACAGGGAACGUGAACACUCACCACUUUGUAACCAUGAGUUGAAUAAGGAGGGGGGGUUGCAGAUAGAGGGAAACCAGUGUUUUCCCGGUUUGGGAGAUGGCUGGUGGGUGUGUCUCUGUUGUGAUCAAAUCUAUGGCGUGCCGUACAGUGCUCCACAAGACCCAGUAGAUUGGACAGGACGCGGGGAAACAGCGGAGAGCUGCAGUCCGAGUCGAUGCUCCGAAGCGAAUGACAGCAGCCUGGCUGGCUGACGGAAAGCUUUAGCGCCGCUCCCCCCCUGCCAGUCCCGGGGCCGGGAAGCCGAAAGCGGCAGCUCCAUGAAGGAGCUGGCGGCGAACGGAGCUGCUGCAGAGUUCCCUCGGAACAUUCCCAAAGAGUCCAGCGCCACUAUACUUUCGCAAGUGACUCUGCUUGGAUGUGGGGGGGUGUGUGUGAGAGAGAGAUAGAAACACAGGCUGGCAGACAGACAGAGAAUGCUUUGCAAGUGUUCCACUGUGAAAUUUAAGCUGAAGAAGAUCAUUUUACUGCUUUUGUCCUUUGCACUGCCUUGCCUAUUAAAACUUCUCUACAAUCAUGGAAUGGUCAUAGGUUCACAGAAAACAUGGUUGGUCGAACCUUUCUGGAGCACCUCUCAGUAUGUGCACAAUAGAAAGAACAGCAAGUACUUGCAACUAAACCUUCAAAUUAAUUGCACUGCCAUCUAUGAAUGUAGUCCAGUGGAAGUGGGUAAAACAUUAGAAAUACGCAAGGGUAAUAUUAUUGACCUGGAAGACGAAGAUGUUGAGUUGAUGACAUCUGACUGUGAUCAAUAUCUUUUGCAAAGAGGAUAUCGAAACAAUCUCAUCUCGGAAGUGGAAAAGGAGUACCCUUUGGCAUUUUCUAUGGUGGUUCAUAAAGAUGCUAUUAUGGUGGAAAGGAGCUUAAAAAUGAUUUACAUGCCUCAGAAUGUAUACUGCAUUCAUUAUGACCAGAAAUCCUCAAACUCAUUCAAAUCCGCCAUGGACAACUUAGCUAAGUGCUUUCCGAAUGUGUUCAUCGCAUCAAAGUUGGAAUUGGUACAUUAUGCUCACAUUUCCAGACUACAAGCAGAUCUUAAUUGUUUGUCUGAUCUUCUUGAGUCGUCUGUCCAAUGGAAGUAUGUGAUCAACUUAUGUGGCCAAGAUUUACCUUUGAGGUCCAAUUUUGAACUGGUGUCUGAGUUGAAGAAACUGAAUGGAGCUAACAUGUUGGAAUCUAUGAAACCCAGCGAUACUAAAAAAGAGCGAUUCUUGUACUGUUACAAGCUUUCAGAUAAUUCAAACGAAGAUGGACAGAUACUCAUCAAAACUGAUGUUGAGAAGGAGCCCGCCCCCCAUAAUAUUGAAGUAUUUACUGGCAGUGCCUAUUUUGUUUUGAGUUACGAUUUUGUCAAAUACAUCAAUUCCAGUGUGGUGGCCAAAGAUUUUCUUGCCUGGUCCGCAGAUACAUACUCACCAGACGAGCACUUCUGGGCAAGCAUGGUCCGGGUUCCUGGGGUGCCAGGUGAGAUCUCCCGCUCGGAGGCUGAAGUGACUGAUCUGCAGAGUAAGGUUAGGCUGGUGAAAUGGAGCUACCUGGAGGAGGCGCUAUACCCACCCUGCACAGGCACUCACCGCCGCAGCGUCUGCAUCUACGGCUCUGCUGAGCUCAGGUGGCUCCUUGACUAUGGCCAUUGGUUUGCUAAUAAAUUUGACUCCAAAGUGGACCCUGUAUUAAUUAAAUGUUUGGAACUGAAGAUUAGAGAACGCCAGUACUUUUGGAUAGAUUUGAAUCCUCAAAAAUUCUAUAUUUAUAAUCAUAGUGAAAACUUUUGGGGCUGAAGUAAUGUAACAUUUUGUGUCAGAGGUGUCCACUAGCUUAAGCUUGAAAGGCAAAUACAAAAUCAAGUGAUGUUCUUUCCAACUUUGUGAAAAGCUGAAUCAGUGAAUUUACAAAGAGUAACAUGAAAAUCAUAUGGGCUAGUGGUAUCAACAUGGGGCUAUCAUGAGUUAUGAGUUUAAUGAUGACCAUGAAACCAUUGUAGAUUGUCUGAAAAAAAAACCCAUCUGCUUCAUUAAUAGCCUUUAACGAGGGAAACUUCCACUCUUGUCUGAUCUGUUCCACAUGUGACUCCAGACCCAUAGCAAUGUGGUUGACUCUUAACUGCACUAUGGGCAAUUAGAGAUGGCUAAUGAAUGUCUGUCUAGUCAAUAUCAUCCAUAUCCUGUUAAUAAAUAAAUAAAACAUGCUUGCUAGGUAUCAGUUGAUACAAUUAUUGGUAAUGGACAGAAGGUGCCAAUUAUUGAAGUAUUAGAUAUUUCCUUUAUCCUGUAUGUGAAUCUGAUACUAUCAUAGCUCAUUGUUCACAUGUAGGAUGGAGAGUGUACUACACAGUCAAUGAUAAGAAUAAGGGUGAAAACUACAAUGGAAAUUUCAUGUUUUGUAUUUUCUAUGUUCAGUGUAUGAUCCUCUGUUGUCCUUGAUGCUGGAAAUGUAAUAAUGUUAUGCCAUAACCGGUAUCUCUUAAAGCUGCAAAUGAUUUAACAUGAUGCAAGUUAAAGAUUGAAGGGUGGAAUAUUAGAUUAUUAAUAAGGUGCACACCAAAAAGUGGAAACUAAACAUGUCAUUUUCAGGACACUUGGCUGUGCUUUAAUGAAAAGAGGUUGUUUCCUGAAGAACUUGAUGUAAUAAUGUAAUCCAUUUUCUCAUUCAAAUGUUUCCUACUGAAUGUUUUUCAAUAAUUUAUGGCUUUGGUAAUGUGAUCUGCUUUGACAAUAUCAGGUUUGCAGGCUUUGGUAAGCAAUUUCCAUCAAUGUCAAGCCACCGUAGUGUGUCCUGACUUUAGCCUAUAUGACAAUAUCUCUCAGCUGCAAGCAGACCUCCAGUAAGUUGGGCCAAUUUGCUUUAUAAGCAGAAUUGAAAUUCCCAGAGCCAUCAAUGUGUAGCAUUUACUUGCAUUGAUUUUGUUAAAAAUAUCGGUAUUGGCAUGGGUAAGGAGGGAAUAAUUUUAUCUGAAGGUUCAGUACAUGGUGUAAAUAUUGCUGUGCAACCAAAAAAUUGAUUUAUCUGAUGUGAUUUUAUCAUUAUGCCCAUGUGAAAACUGUAGUGGAUUCUUGGUGAAUUUGUAUUGGGUUGAACAUUGGCUUGUUUUUUAUUGGAUGUUUCAACCCUGAGCCCUGGAAUCUACCUGAUCUAAUGAGAUGGAACAGCAAACUAAACUCUGGAGGAAUAGACGAAAGUGAGGACUGCAGAUGCUGGAAAUCAGUUUAGAUCAGAGUGGUGCUGGAAAAGCACAGCAGGUCAGGCAGCAUCCAAGGAGCAGGAGAAUCGACGUUUCGGGCAAAAGCCUUUCAUCAGGAAUAGAGGCAGGAAGCCUCCAGGGUGGAGAGAUAAAUGGGAGGGGAGGAGAUGACCUGGAGGUUGCAGUGAAAGAGAGACUCACUGAGACUCUUGUGGAGUGAGGAGGAGAACUUCUUCAAGGUAGGCAUCCUUGCAAGAGGAUUCGCGGUAAGGUUAAAAUCAACUAGGCAAAAGUGAGGACUGCAGAUGCUGGAAACCAGAGUUUAGAUUAGAGUGGUGCUGGAAAAGCACAGCAGGUCAGGCAGCAUCCGAGGAGCAGGAAAAUCGACGUUUCGGGCAAAAGCCCUUCAUCAGGAAUAGAGGCAGGAAGCCUCCAGGGUGGGGAGAUAAAUGGGAGGGCUGACUGAAUACAUUUUCCUCUGGUUCGCUACUCAUGGGUAUCAGAAUGGAAAAAUGUCCCACAAACAGAUCAAUUAGAGAUCGGGUCUAAGGCAUAUGAGCUGAAAACUCCAGUUCCUGAUCUUGGAAUGUUAGCAUGGAGUGCCUAAUAUGAGAAAGUAGUCAAUUUCUCCACAUCCUGAUAAGCACAAUAUUCACAAACCACCAAACCUCACCAAGCACUGCUCCUAAUAACAUUGAAAUGGUGUGGUAUGAUGGAUGAGCUAUCUGCUGAGGAAAGGUCAAGGAGGUUGGGCCUGUACUCAUUAGAGUUUAGAAGUAUAAGAGGAGUCCUUCUUAAAACAUCCAAGUUUCUUAGGGGUCAUGACAGUGUAGAUACAGAAAUGUUGUGGGAGAGUCAUGAGCCAUGGGUAUAAUCCCACAAUAAGGGAUCAUCCAUUUAAGACAAAAAUAAAGAAGAAUUUCUUCUGUCAGAGUGUAGUGAUUGUUUGGGAUUCUUUCCUGUAAAGGGCUGAAAUGUUGGGACAUAUAAGUAUAUUCAAAACUGAGACAGACAGAUUUUUAAUCAGGAAAGAAAUCAAAGGUAAUGAAUGGGAUAAAGUGGAUUUGAGGAUUGACUGAUCAGACAUGUUCUCAUUGGAUGGUACAGCAGACUUGAAGGGCUGAAUUAGUCCACUGGCUGCAACAUUGUAUGAACUUAUGUCUUUUUCUGGCCUUGAAGUUGUUUGUUGUUGCUUCCAAGCCUUGCAUAAAACAUCAUUAUGGGAAGAGGUCCAUAGAAAGGUAAUUUAAGAAGGGAAAGCAAAAAAGUUAAAUCAUGUUGCGGCUGUACAGGACAUUGUUUAGGCCACCGUUGGAACAUUGCAUGCAAUUCUGGUCUCCUUCCUAUCGGAAAGACGUUGUGAAACUUGAAAGGGUUCAGAAAAGAUUUUCAAGAAUGUUGCCAGGGUUGGAGGAUUUGAGCUACAGGGAGAGGCUGAACAGACUGGGGCUGUUUUCCCUGGAUCAUCGGAGGCUAAGGGGUGAUUUUAUAGAGGUUUACAAAAUUAUGAGGGGCAUGGAUAGCAUAAAUAGACAAAGUCUUUUUCGUGGGGUGGGGGAGUCCAGAACUAGAGGGCAUUGGUUUAGGGUGAGAGGAGAAAGAUAUAAAAGAGACCUAAGGGGAAACUAUUUCACACAGAGGGUGGUAUGUGUAUGGAAUGAGCUGCAGGAGGAUGUGGUGGAGGCUGGUACAAUUGCAGCAUUUAAGAGGCAUUUGGAUGGGUAUAUGAAUAGGAAGGGUUUGGAGGGAUAUGGGUUGGGUGCUGGCAGGUGGGACUAGAUUGGUUUAGGAUAUCUGGUCGGCGUGGACAGGUUGGACCGAAGGGUCUGUUUCCAUGCUAUACACCUCAAUAACUCUAUAAUAGCUUAAUAUUACUCUUCCAUCUAUUUCCUCAAUAUUUGUUUUCAAUCUUUUCAAAGAACAUUCUGGUAAUUUCUCUGUUGCACAUUAGGGUGGCACGGUGGCACAGUGGUUAGCACUGCUGCUUCACAGCGCCAGAGACCUGGGUUCAAUUCCCGACUCAGGCGACUGACUGUGUGGAGUUCGCACGUUCUCCCUGUGUCUGCGUGAGUUUCCUCCGGGUGCUCUGGUUUCCUCCCACAGUCCAAAGGUGUGCAGGUUAGGUAAAUUGGCCAUGCUAAAUUGCCCGUAGU